AUGGCUGUGGAUUCGUGGGCGACGCGGAACCCGUUCUUUGAGGACGGGCUCCAUGCGUGGUACGCGUUACGAGGCGGCGACGACACGUGUCGCCUCGUGAUGAGCGAGAGUGCAUCACGCGAGAAGGCGUGGCACGGCAUGACGCAGGAUGUUUUAAGUCGGCUCGGUGUGCAGCGGUGCGCAGCGGUGCUGAUGGGUCGCAAGGAGGCGUGGCACGGUAUAGCGCAGGACAUUCACAGGCGUCUCACGCCCCACUGCCGUUACAACGUCACUGCUGACGUCAGCGUGAGGGACUCUGGUAGGAAUAUAGCAGCUGCAGCGGCGGCAGCGGUGGCAGGAGGAGGAGUGAGAGGGAGAGGGGGAGAGAGGGGGGCGGGAGGAGCGGUAGGGGAGGGGGUGGUAGGGAGGCAGGCAGUACCAGUGCUGGUGACGGUGCGAUGGGAUUUCGAAGAAGGAUCUGAAUACAACCAAGCAUGCAGGGCCAUGGUGAAAGAGGGCCAGUGGGUGAGGCUGCAAGGGCACUUCACCGCUCCACACCGCAUUCCACUCAAAGUGACAGCUUACAUCGAGGGUCCCCCUCCCGCAUUCGACCUCCUUAUUAGCCUUUUCGCUAUAGUCCCAGCCUCCGACCCACAGCCCACCUUUCCCCCUCUUCCACCCACUACUGCUGCUGCUGUGAACAUUCCCCUUCCUCUUACUCCUCAGGACAUCGCAGCAGCCAAUCAGAGCCCUGAAAGCAGCACUGCCCGGGCUGAUGACAGCGCUGACGGUGGGCCAAUUCGUCGGUCUGUGACGUAUGCUGUGAGCGCGUGGGUGCGUUUGGGGAGAGACAGACAGCACAAAGAGCGCGGGCGGGGAGAACAGAAAAUCCUCCCCCUCUUUGCAAGAAAGGAAAAAAAAGGAGAGGAAGGAGGGGCAGAAGAAACGGAGGCAGCAGAGGCAGAAGGAGUGGAGGAAAGGGUGAAAUCACAUGCAGUGAACAUCGCACUAGGGGUGGAUGGGGGAUGGGUAAAUGCUGGUUCGGUAGAAGCUUCCGGGAAGGAGUGGGUGCGGUGCUGGGGGUCGUUUCGCCUAGAGAAGCCGUACAGGCAAGCAGUGCUGUACGUGCAGGGCCCGCCGCCAGGUGUCAGCAUUCAAUUGGCCGAUGUGCACGUGGUGCCUGUGGAGUGGCGGGAGAGGGUGCCAUGGCUGCGCGAGCAAGCAGACAGGCUCCGCAAGGGAUCACUGCGUCUCGGCCUCCUCUCCGCCGCCGGCCAGCCAAUCCCGUGCGCCCACGUGUCAGCCAAUCAGACGCGCCGUGCCUUCCCCCUGGGCACCUGUGUGAACUCGAGGGACCUGCUGGGGAACCCACGCUACCAGUCCUUCUUCCUUUCCCGAUCCCAGGGAGGGGGAAUGGGAAACGAAAAGGAUCCACAGAUUUUUCGUGAGGGAAAGGGAAGCAGGUUGAGUGGGAGUGGGAGUGGGGCGUGGUUCAGCUGGGGCGUGUGUGAGAACGAGCUCAAGUGGACGAGUGUGGAGGCGAGGCAAGGCGAGGAGGACUGGAGGGACGCUGAUGCCAUGGUGACGUGGAUGCAGGUGUGUGUGGUGAUAGCUGGGGGUGAGAGUGGGGAUGGGGAUGGGGAUGGGGAGGGGGAUGGGGAUGGGGAUGGGGAUGGGGAUGGGGAUGGGGAUGGGGAUGGGGAUGGGGAUGGAUAUGGGGAGGGGGAUGGAGAUGGGGAUGGAUAUGGGGAUGGGGAUGGAGAUGGGGAUGGAUAUGGGGAUGGGGAUGGAGAUGGGGAUGGAUAUGGGGAUGGGGAUGGAGAUGGGGAUGGAUAUGGGAAUGGGGAUGCAAGGACGAGGAGAGUGGAUUGUGGGGAAUUUCGUUAUGCUAUUGACAGCAGAGUCACAUCCUUCCUCACCCACUACCCCAACUGUUUUUCCACAUGGAUGUCAACAACGAGAUGCUUCACGGGGAUUGUUCUCCUCUCGCUGCGGCCAAGCUACUCUUCUCUCACCUACCUUCCCCAUCCCACCCCUCCCCCCUACACAGAAGCUAUUGACAACAGAAUCACAUCCCUCCUCUCUCGCUACCCCAACUGUUUCUCUCACAUGGAUGUCAACAACGAGAUGCUUCACGGGGGAUUCUUCUCCUCCCGCUGCGGCCCAUCCAUCAUUCCCCGCAUGUUCCAGUUCGCCGCCCAAAUCGCGCCCUCCCUCGUCCUUUUCCUCAACGAGUACCACAUAGAGGACGGCGAAGACGAAAAGAGCCGCCCGGAAAAGUACGCGCAGUUCGCCCGCCAGCUCAUCGCCAGCGGGGCGCCAGUUGGCGGGCUCGGCACGCAGUGCCAUAUCAGCGCGCCAGUUGGCGCCCACAUGCGGCAUGCAUGGAACAUCCUGGCAGAUGUAGGGUUACCAGUUUGGGUUACAGAGCUAGAUGUGAGCUCUGUAGACGAAAAAGUGAGGGCGGAUGAUUUGGAGAUUUGUCUAAGAGAGGCGUUUGGGCAUGGGGGAGUAGAAGGGGUGGUGCUAUGGGGUUUUUGGGAAGGUUCCGGCUUGGAUCGACCGUCCAUGUCAAGGAAAAACGCACACUUGGUGCGUUCUGAUUGGUCGUUGACGGAGCCGGGGGAGAGGCUGGAAAGGUUGCUAGAGGAAUGGACGACAAGGGGUGUGGUGGGGAGGACGGAUGAGGAGGGGUGGUUUGUGGUUGAGGGGUUUGCAGGGGAACUCCCCGUCGUCCAUUCCUCCCCUCGCUCCCCGCCCCCCUCUCUUACGAUUAUUCCAGUGCUAGCAGGCUUCCCCACCGCCCCCAUCAACGUGCACCUCGGGAUCUCCCGGUACCCCGCACCCCGCCCCUCCUCCCGUCCCUCAUUUCCCUCCACAAUCCCCCUCCUCCCCCUUUCCCCCCUCUUCUCCCUCAUCCCCCCUCUCCCCCAGAUCCCCCAUCAACUCGCACCUCAGGAGCGCCUUCCCCCACAACCCCACGCUCAUUCCUUCCCCUCCACUCUCCACCCGUCACUCCCCCCUCCCCCCACGUCCCCCAUCAACCCGCACUGUGGGAUCUCCAUUCCCCUUACCCCUUCAAUCAUUUCCUUUCCACCCCUUCCCCCUAUCGCCCCUAGCUGUUUUGUGUUGGCAGGCUUCCCCACCUCCCCCAUCAACCCGCACCUCGGGAUCUCCGCGUCGGGAUCGGUGCCGCCCGGUGCCGCCCUCCUGCUGUGUGAUGACGUGGCAGCAGAAGGAAGCUUCCUGCUGCUGCACCUCCUCAAGUCGCACCUGCUGCUGCCGCCCCCAGAAGGGGGAGGGGGGAGGGAGAGGCGGGGGGAGGAGCAGGGGGACGGAGGUUGCAGGGGAGGUGGGGAGGGGUGUGUGAGAACGGGAGUUCACUUCACCGACCUCUGCAGGCAGCAUCGCCUGGCCAUCAUUGACGGCCAAUCACAGGCCUACACGUGGCAGCCUGGUGGCUUAGAUCAUGCACGAGUGUGUCAGCAGCAAAAGGAAAUGCCACAUCAACAGGAGCCGCAGCAGCAGCAGAAUCAUCAUCAGCAGCAGCAGCAGCAGGCAGGAGUGUACCAUUUCUCUCCACCAGUCCCCUUCUCUCCUCCCUCUCACCCGCCCUCUCAUGCACCCCCCACCAACAACCCGCCUCACUCUGCCAACCCCCUUCGCGCCCUCUACUCCUCCAUCUGCUCUGCUGUCACCUCCCUUGGCUGCCCCCUCCACUCCUCCCAACCACCCCAUACCCCUUCCCACCCUGCUGAACCCCUUUCUCACCCUGAUCUCACUGCACUGACUCAACCUGCUGCUGAUGCUGCUUGUUCUGGUGCUGGAGCUGCCACGUCACCAUCUGGGGCUGCUGACGUGGCACCUGCAGCUCGGUGUGGCGGCCAGCUGUGCAUCGUGAUUGAUGAUGUGUCGUUGCUGGAGACGUGCGCGGGCGGCGAUUCUCGGCUGGUUAUGGACUUUCUGUCCGCAUGCCGUGGCCUAUGCACUAAGCACCAUAGAGCCUCCCUUGUGCUGCUCACCCAUGCAGCUGUCCACCCAACCACCUUCACCUUCGCUGCAACCCCACCACUGCCACUCCCCACCCUUUCCUCCUCCUCCACUUCCUCCCCGAUCGCCUCUCCACCCAUCCUGCCCUGGCUGCUCCAUCUCUCUGACGUGCUCGUGCUGCUGAGACCGCUCACAUCAGGCCAUGCAUCGGACAUCCAUGGGCAGACAGAUAUCGUGUAUCUCACUCCCACGCUGCUGCACGGCCCAUCACAUGGGAACGACGCAUCCGCCCCCUCACUCCCCAUGUUCCUUUCCCCCUCACUCCCCAUGUUUCUUUCCCCCUCACUCCCAAUGUUCCUUUCCCCCUCACUCCCCAUGUUCCUUUCCCCCUCACUCCCCAUGUUUCUUUCCCUUUCCCUGUCAUGUUUCUUCCCAUGCCACACCGGGCGGACAAUGUUCAUCUCACACCCACACUGCUGCACGGCCCAUCCCACAAGGAUGGUGGUUGAUCGUAACACUAACUUCAGAUGUCCUUGCUGCUGCUAUUGUGCUCCCUGCCGUCCCUCUUCCCUGCCUUCGCCAUACCAGGCAGACAUCGUGCAUCUCACACCCACGCUGCUGCACGGCUCACCACACGGGGAUGACUCACACCACCCUGCCUGCCAGCAGCAGCACCUGGUGUAUCAGAUCACCGACACUGGCGCUGUGUUUGCUGCCACACAAUAG